UUCCCUAAUCUGAACUGAACUGAACUGAACUGAAUAACCGUUUUCCAUUCUCUUGUUCUAUUGGCCCAACAGAUUGAACUAUUCUUUUAAAAAAUAAAAAUAAUAAAUAAUAAAAAAAAAAGAAAAUCGAAAAAUGGCCGCAGCUAUCUCACUCAGACGCAGCAGCUGCCGUCUCCUCCUAACUCGCUUCCACAACUCAGCCACUCACGCCGGUCAACACGGCGGCGCCACCACCACCACCACCAGGUGGCUAGAAACCAUAGCCUACGAAGAGCUGCGAGCUCAUCCUGAAAAACCUUACACUUCAACCGCCUUCUUCAUCCAUGGCUUCCUCGGAUCCUCAAGAAACUGGAGAUCCUUUUCUCGCAACCUCCUCGCUUCUCUCUCCAAUUCCUCUCCUUCCUCCAAUUGGAGGACAGUGAUGGUGGAUAUGCGGAAUCACGGAAAAUCGGCGGAGAGGAAACUGGAUCCGCCACACGAUAUGGAAAAUGCGGCGAAGGAUUUGGCCGAUUUGGUGAAGGCUGAGGAAUGGCGUUGGCCUGAGGUUGUGAUUGGUCAUUCCAUGGGUGGAAAGGUUGCUUUGCAGUUUCUUCAGAGUUGUAGCCGCGGUGAAUAUGGAGAUUCAGCUUUGUGCCCUAAACAGCUCUGGGUAUUGGACUCUGUCCCUGGAGAAGUGAACCCUCUAAAUAGUAAUGAAGAAGUUCGGGAUGUUUUAAGGACCUUGCAAAGUUUGCCAUCACGAAUACCUUCUCGGAAGUGGCUUGUUAAUCAUCUGUUAGGACUUGGUUACUCUAAGGCAUUGUCAGACUGGAUAGGCACAAACCUCAAGAAAGUUGAUGAUCAUGAAACUUGGGUAUUUGAUCUUCAAAAUGCUCAGCAGAUGUUUGAUUCUUAUUGGUAACUCAAGCAGAUUAACAAUGUCUUCAAAGGUACAGAAAUAAUAAUUGUUCGUGCCGAAAAAAGUGACAGGUGGGACGAAGAUGCUGUUGAGCGGAUCCAAAAACUGGCGAAUAGGGAAGCAACCGAGUCUCUUGGAAAAGUUUCUUUCAGUCUUCUUCCAAAUUCUGGUCAUUGGGUUCAUGUUGACAACCCAAAGGGACUGCUAGAGAUUCUAGCUCCCAAGAUUUCAUCCCUUUAGUUCAUGAUUUAGUUGGAUUUGCUAAACAGGCAUGCGGCUCACCAAAUACUUUAACAAUUUUUAGAAUUUUACCUUGGAGAAUCUUAAACCUCCCAUGGUAAGAUUCCAUGAAUGUCUAUAGUUCAGAGUGAAAAAUCCUAUACUGUUAGCAGAAGUUAGUCAAUACUAAUGUACUAAGAAAUUAUAUUUAUUGGGGGUGUGCUGUUGUAACAAGCUCAAAGCAUAAAACACCAGAGCAAUUUGCAGCUUAUAAUUUUUUUUUUCAGAAUUUUUGUAUUAAUAAUCUUACCCCUGCCUGAAUGGCCAUUCAUUCAUCUAAUGCACUCUUGUUAUAAA